CCAGAGACACACACCAUCUGCCUAGUACAUAAAACAAGAGGCUCUGGGAAAGUAGGUCUUCCAGUAAAGACAACAGCAAGGCUUUCAGAGAUGGGCGAUCAGAGGGCUAUUGUGGCUGCCAAGGAAGGAGACUUAAGUACUUUGGAGCGGCUACACGUAGACGGCAUAUUGGGUCGGAAUAUCACUGACUCCUUAGGGGCAGGCCUGGUUCAUCAUGCCUCACGAGCCGGCAGGCUCGAGUGCGUCAAGUUCUUGGUGCUGCAAGCAAAGCUUCCCGGGAAUCAGAGAGCAAACAAUGGUGCAACUCCAGCACAUGACUCUGCAGCCAUGGGGAACUUGGCUGAACUGCAGUGGCUGAUCAAAGAUGGAGGAUACAGCAAGCAGGAGCAGGAUGCCUCCGGAGCGUCUCCACUCCAUUUAGCUGCUCGCUUUGGACAUCCAGAGGUUGUCGAGUGGCUGGUCCAAGCAGGGUUUGACACUGCAAUGGAGACUCGGGAAGGAGCCGUGCCAGCUCAUUAUGCAGCAGCCAAGGGAGAUCUCACAUGCCUGAAAGUGCUGGUUGCUGCAGACCGUAGUUGUGUGAACAAGCAAACCAGGAGCGGAGCAACCCCUCUGUACCUUGCCUGCCAGGAAGGCCACCUCCAUAUCACGCAGUUCCUAGUGAAAGACUGUGAAGCUGAUGUGCACCUGAGAGCCUAUGAUGGCAUGACCGUACUGCAUGCAGCUUCCUGCGGUGGCCAUUAUGCUGUUGUCAUCUGGCUGGUAACCUUCACUGAUCUCAGCCUCGCCACACAGGAUGUGGAGGGAGCCACUGCACUGCACUUUGCUGCUAGAGAGGGGCACACCGCUAUUGCUGACAGACUCCUCCUCAUUGGUGCUCCAAUUGUGUUGGACAACUGGGGAGGAACCCCUCUCCAUGACGCAGCGGAGAAUGGGCACUUGGAGUGCUGUCAGACAUUGAUUUCCCAUCAAAUUGAUCCCAGGAUCCGUGAUGUGGAUGGCUAUACUGCAAGGGACCUGGCAGAAUACAAUGGACACAGGCAGUGUGCUUGCUACCUGCAGGAAGCAGAGAAGAUGGCAGACCAGCAAAGUGGUUUUAGGAAUCAAGAGGCCAAAGGAAGAUCAUCAGAGAAGGAAGCUAAGGCCAAAGGAAGAUCAUCAGAGAAAACCAAUAAACACCACAAAGCAGCAGUUGGACAAGAGUUUCAGCAGCAGGCAAUGAGACCGCUUCAGUCAAAUAUAAUCUCUACAUCAAACAUGCAGAAAGAAGUGAACACUCAUCAUCAGAAAGUAUCUGCUUCAAAGAUGAUAAAACCUGCUGAGACCAAUAAACCACUGACAGCUGAGCUGAAGCUCAAUAAAUCUCUGCAGAAGAAUGAGAAGACUGAGCCACCAAGUGAUGUGGUACCAAGGAACCUCCUUUCAAUGCUGGAUGAGUUGGGAACCUCGGACAUUGAUGCGCUGGUACCUACUCAUGAUGACCGAGGUUCUUCUAUCCCAGAGUGGAAACGGCAGGUGAUGGUGAGGAAAUUGCAGGCCCAGCUGGCAUCUGAAGAAGGGAUGGGCAGGAAGGACAAAGGAAGCUAUGCACUGGGGAUGGAUGACUGGCAGUACUCCCAAAUUCAUAAUGCCAUUCUGGGCCCCUAUGGGGAGCUACUAACCGAGGAUGACCUGCUUUACUUGGAGAAACAGAUUGAGCAACUGCAGGUGAAGAAGAAAUGCCAGGAAUAUGAGAGUGAGCUGGGACGGCUGACGGAGGAGCUGCAGGCAGUCCUUCCUGUUCCAAUUGUCAGCAUCUCAGUCAAUAGUCAGUUUCUGCAGCAGGACUCUGAGAAGAACAGCCAUGAGUUCCCUGCCUGGUGCAGUCAUGUGUCUGGUGUAGUCAAAAGCAUGUCCAUGUUGCUUACGGGCAUCAAUGGUAUGAAGAAAGAGGAGGAAAAUGAGAGGGUCGUUAUCAAGCCAAGCAAAACAGGAAGUUUUUCAGGAGGCAUGGUUAAAAGGGAAAUUCUGGAGUGUGGUGUGUCUGUAAAGGACCUGAGAUGUAAUUUUGAAAAACAAGGUAUUAUAGGACAGUACAAACCAUUUGGGCCUCGAGAGCAGAAGACAAUAUCCUGGCAACAUGGAACGGGGAGCGAGUCAACUUCCCCAAUGUUUUCGGGUAUUUGCAAGAGCAAGAGGCAACUGGUCUGUGAGGAACACGAGAUUGGAGACCUGGAGAAUACCAGUGACUCCGGGAUCAGCUGUGAGGAAACCUCAUCUGAAGCUUGCAGCUCUCGUAUCUCAACUGCAGAGGCUAACACGCUCCGAAAAGAGCGUAUUGUGCUGCUUUUUCUAAGCCACUGGAAGAAAUCAGCUUAUACACCUUCCUUGAAACUCGUAGCUAGGAAGACUGCAGAUGCCAAACAACCUGGAAAGGUAGGACUAAUGGAUGUGAUGUCAGAAGUCAAAAAGCAGCAGACUCCCAUGCAGAAGUUUCCAAUGGAAAUGAGCAGACUUGGGCAUUUAGUUCAACAGAGAUGCACUAUCAAGAAUCUGAUCAGUCGUUGGAAGGAUAUUAUCUCUCUUGUACCAUCUCGUCAGAUUAGGCGCCUCAAUCAUCAGCACACAAUAUAUUCUCCAGAGCAAUUCCUGCCAUAUGUCAAUGGUGAACCCAUAAGUUACAAUAGCUUAACCCUCGAUCUCUUCAUGCUUGGCUAUUUCCACAUCCUGGAGCUGGACCUCUCUCCAGAAGAGCGGAAGGCAAGGCAUCUUCUUUGCUUUGAAGUAUUUGACCACUUGGGCAGCCAUCCGUGGGAUACAGUGCGUGCAUUUCAUAAAGCAGUGAUUAAUGAGAUUGCUGCAGGCAAACGAAGGUGGAAAGAUGACUUCGAAGAUAUUAAGAUCAGAUUCUUUGGAAACAGUAAGGCCUCUGCUAAGAAUCUGGGACUCUCCAAAUCAUCAGCAGAAAGAGAUUUAAAAUCAGUCUCCAAAAUGAGGAUCCCAAACUUGGCUGUUAAGCAGGAAGAAUGUAUCCCAGAAAUGUAUUGUGAACUAGGCCACUUUAGCAAUGAUGAAAUCUGCAGAUACAUUGACAGGAGCUUUGCUUUCUGGAAAGAAAAAGAAGCAGAAAUCUUUAGCUUUGAACGAUCAGACUCUUUACAUUAGCAGCCUUUAAGUGUGGAUAGGAGUAAGAUUCAGAAUGUUCUACUGAGAAGUUUGCUAGAGCCAAUAUGGAACAUAGCAUGGACUAAGGAGACAUAGCUUGCUUGUUUUGUGAUUUGCCAUUUGCUAGAUUUGUGAGCUAAGCCAGACUUUGAAAAGCUUGCUUUUUUGGACCACAUUCCCAAGAAUCUCCUAACAGCAGGUUGGCGGUGGGACUCCAGUAGCUGUAAUCUGAAAAAGCUCUGCUACUAAGUUAUGGUGGCUACCUCUUAAUUGCAGAGCACUGGUUGGAGGAGGGAAGGAAAUAUUUUAUCCUCCCAGUCAAAGUUCUUUAAGUCUUUUAUUCUUCCUC